GGCAAUGUUUUGAUUAUAAAUUGAAAACGCUCCUACACCUUGCCUCAUCGUCGUCCUACCUACGAGUACAACGACGCAGCCAAAUUACUUAGUACUUACCAACAACAGGCGUUCGUUUACUCGUCAUGGUUACCGUUCGCGAUUCGUAAUGAUAAUUCGACAACAUUCUGCUAUCUAGCGAGCUCGAGCUACGAAGUAUUUACGUAUUCGUAUACACGAGUACUACUUACGUAUAGUUUCGACGAUUUGUUGCUCGUAGUCGUAGUUUUUUUUUUAUUUGUUUUGUACUUAUUACACGAGAUACCUAACUCGAUAAAUCGUCGUCGUCUGUUGUGUUUGUUACGUUGUUGUACCUAGUUCCUGGUGUGCUCGUCGUGUUUUGGUGCCCUAGUUGCCCCAACAAGUGUUUGUGUUUUGGUGUCUUUUUGAAAAAAAAAAUUAAAUUGGUGUGUCUGCAGCAUCAUGAGUAAAGCUGUGUCGAGAACUGAGACGACCACUGAGACCAAUCAUACGGUCACUGUUGAGCUUAAGACUUCAGGUAUUCGUAGAGAUGACGAUCCGAACGCCAAAGAAAACCUAAAAGGAUUCAUUCCGUUACUAGUCCUAGCUCUUAUUUUGGGUCUACUGCCCGUAUUAUUAAUCAUCUACUGGACCUUCAACUACGCCGGAGGCUUAGGAUUCACCGUCCGAAAUGUGUUCAACUGGCACCCGAUCCUAUUAAGCAUCAGCUUCAUUUACUUGACCGGAAGUGGAAUUCUUACGUUUCGAAUAUUACGUAAUUUACCGAAAAAUACUCUCAAGUUGAUUCACGCUUCUGUCAAAGGGGUCAAUUGUGUAUUAGCGGUAAUUGGCGUAUGGGCGGCGUUCAAUUUCCACGCUAAAGCCAAUAUUCCCGAUUUAUACACGAUGCAUAGUUGGAUCGGAAUGCUUACCUUGGUUGUGUACAUUGCGCAGGCGUUCGCUGGAUUGUAUGCGUUCCUCUAUCCGGGCAUUCAAACAAGUAGUCGAGCUACAUUGAUGCCCUACCACAGAUUCGCUGGCCAGGUUCUCUUAGCUUUGUCCAUCAUGUGUGCGGUGACUGGAAUCAACGAGAAAGCCAUAUUCAAGCUACAAAAUGCAUACGGUGAGAAGAUAUUCGAAGGUAAUUUGCUGAAUAUGUGUGGUAUUCUGUUUACUCUUUUCGGUAUCGUUGUCAUUUACAUCUCGUCUAACUUGGAUUACAAGAGAUACCCUCGGUUUGAAGACACUGUACCCGAUCGGAAUAAAUAAUUUGAGGAUGGAUAGCCCACCUAAUAACUAAACCUACCUUACGUUUAAGUUAUUUUUUAAAUAUCCCCUUUUGCACUUGUGAUAUGUACCAUUAUAUGUAUUAUUACGUAGUUUGAGAUGGAAGAAGGACCAAGAAUCCAGAUUUAAAUAAAACGUUUAUCGAAUGGGAUCUGCACACGAGUAAUUAGGUAAAUUAAAUUCGCUAAUGAGAUCCAAUUAGAUCUACAUAAAUUCAAUUAGAUCCAAUUUUAUCCAAAAAAAAUGGAACGAUGCAAACCGAUCUGCAGAUUUGGAUUCGAUUAGAUUUAAUAAAUGACGAAUUCAUAAUCUGAUCCAAUUAAAUCUUAUUAGAUUUACACCUUGAUCCCACUUGAUGAAAAUCUUUCAAAAGCCUGAAUUCAUUUAGAUUAAAAUCUGAUCCAAUCAGACUGGCGUUUUUUUUUUUUGUGAAUUGGGUGGCCUAAGCGAGCUUGUGUAGGAGAGUGAUAUCGAUAUUUUUUGUAUGAGGUACCUAUCGUAUGCAAUUUGUAAUUUUCCAUUCCCUUUGUUCUUCUUGAGGUAUUCGAAAAAAAUUCAAGUUUGACAUCGUUUGAGUAGAUUGAUGUGAAUACAAGAAAACAAAGCUUCUCGUAUUUUUUUUCUUCUUUUUUUGUUAUUGAAGAUUCAAAGCGAUAUAUUUUACAUAUUAUUAUUAUUUAAUGAUUCCUUGAGAAUAUUACUACAUAUAGAACCGUAGUGUUGAUUUUAUAUUUUAUUUCGAGUUAUUUCGUUUUUUAUGUUUUAUACCUACACCGAUUUUCGAUCAUUUUUAUUACUUUUUUUUUCUAUAUCUUUGCCUUUUUUUUUUUUUUUUUUUUUUUGAUCUUGAAUAAAUCGUUAUUUUUGUGUGUAA